AUGUAUUGUACGCCUCGCUUUCUCGGGGCCUGCUGUGCUCGCAAGUCCAUUGCUUUGCCGCGCCUGGGCAGAUCUCGUUGUUCAUAUCAUCCGUUUGCUACGCUGGCAGCUCCAGUGGUACCUAAUCUUGUGGCUCACAAGAUAUCUGACUCUCACCAACGGCACCAUAUCCGGGCAGUGCAUCAUCAUCUCCAAUCACAAGGCAUUCUCAAAAUCUCUUUAGGAUUCUCCGACGAAAAAAGCCAAUAUUUGGAGAAUCUUGUCAUGGGUCUUGGAGCCUACCAUGGCCACGGGCCUCCCAUCACUCACAGCGCCAGUCGGGGAUGGUUUUGGGAUGUCCGCCCUGGUAAAAACACAUGUCUCCCACAGAACGAUCGUGCACGAUCAGAGACUAUGCAAGAAUUCCCAUGGCACACAGACUGUAGCUAUGAAGAUUCACCCCCACAAUACUUUGCUCUCCAGGUCCUCCGGCCAGAUCGCUGUGGUGGGGGCACGCUUUCAGUUCUGAAGGUCGACCAGCUUACUCGCUUCCUUUCUUCGUCUGCGAAGGCAGCUCUAUGUGAACCUGAGUUUCAAAUCAAAAUCCCUCCGGAAUUUAUCAAACAGCCAAACGAGCGUCAUAUUAUGGGCAGCAUCCUCGGUAUCAAUGAACAAGACCAAUCGACAAUAAUGCGAUUCCGGGAGGAUAUCGGCAACAUCUGCCUGGAGGCGCUUAAACGCGUCCUAGAGGAUUCGGAGUUGUCCUCGAAGGCAACGCUGCAUUUGAAAGCAGCGGACUUGCCCGAAAGAUCUAUUAUCCUUCUGGAUAACCGGCGUUGGCUCCAUGCACGGAAUAGUGUCAAAGAUCCUUCUAGACACUUGCGCCGUGUGCGAUGGAAUGCAGUUCCUUUCUCCUGA